GAAGAGGAUUAUUGCAUGAACACACCCUCCCUGUCGCAGAAACAGUGGCGUCACACACACACACGCGCUUGCGUCAUUAAAGCGUGACGACGGUUGGGACGCGCGCUGCGCAGUAUCAUGGCACCUUCACCGACCAAGCGCGGAGAGCGUUCUGAAGACAAGCCCAAAGAGCGAGGGAAGGAGAAGGCUGCGGGAAAGGAGGGAGCAGAGAAAGAGAGGGGCAGAGAGAAGAUCCGCAAACGGCGCAGUAACUCCACCGGGAGCAGCAGCAGUUCUAGCUCCAGCAGCAGUUCUGGUUCCAGCUCGGGCUCAUCCAGUGGGUCCAGUUCCUCCUCUGGUUCCAGCCACUCUGGUUCCUCAAGCUCCUCUCGUUCUUCAAGCUCAUCCGGGUCUUCUGGGUCUCCCAGCCCGAGCCGCCGUCGCCACGACAACCGACGACGCUCUCGAUCAAAGUCAAAAUCACAAAAACGUGGUGAUGAGAAAGAGCGGAAGAGGAGAAGCCCGAGCCCCAAACCCACCAAACUUCAUCUGGGAAGACUCACUAGAAAUGUUACCAAGGAUCAUAUUCAAGAGAUCUUUUCGACUUAUGGGAAGAUCAAAUUGAUUGAAAUGCCCUCAGACCGUUUGCACCCAAAUUUGUCCAAGGGUUAUGCAUAUGUGGAAUUCGAGACUGCAGAGGAUGCCCAGAAGGCCCUAAAACACAUGGAUGGAGGUCAGAUUGAUGGUCAGGAGAUCACAGCGACUGCCGUCCUGACUCCGAGGAUACGGCCUGCCCCGAGAAGACUGUCCCCUCCACGCAGAAUGCCCCCUCCACCCCCCAUGUGGCGCCGCACGCCACCGCGCAUGAGGAGAAGGUCUCGGUCUCCACGGCGACGCUCCCCGGUGAGGCGGCGUUCACGCUCCAGGUCUCCAGGACGCAGACGCCAUCGUUCCCGUUCGAGUUCCAACUCAUCCCGUUAGAGAGACACUCAAGAAGAAAAAGAAGCUUUAGAAACAACAACAAGCUGUGGUUUAGCUUCUCUGAUUCUCAUGUUGCCCCAUUGCUUCACAUUUUACUUGGAUGUGUUUAAAUGUUUAUUUCUCUCUCUAGUACCUCAUGGUUGUACGGUAUAAAAUCUUUAAAGUUAGGGUGAAUGUGCAUUUUGUUUGCUUCCGUGUUGGGCUUGUGCCAGAUGGUCCAUUUUACUGAUCCUUUUUGUAAUGUGCUUUUUACUGGAUUUGAUUUGAGAUUAAAGUACAUGACCGUUUCUUUCCCCAAACGUUAACAUUGGAGCACAGGAUUGUUUCUGUCAUUUUGUUAGUUACAUUAGUGGUUCAAAUUCCAACCCACAGAAUUCAUCUCAAGAUUGUCAUCAGCUUCUGUAAUCCUGUUAAAUUUAAUGAUCUGUAAGGUUUAAGACAGGAAAUCAAUAAACCAGUUUGACAGCUAAGAG